AUGAUUAUUUCUUUUUUUGUAGCAUGCUGGUUGUUAUUGGCAACCUGCGCGCUGUGGCCCAGCGCACGCGCCGCCGGCCCCCUCGGUCGCUCUGACCGACCGGAGGCCUACUUCAACGGCAGCUCCUACAUCCGUCUCUCCCGGCCCAUUUCACUCAAACAACUUGUUGGACUUAGUUUUAGAACCUGUGUUGGAGGUGAACUAUUCUCUCAGCGUUUCGAGGGCUACACGCUGCGCGUGAGUGCUCUCUUUGAACAAGUUGUGGUGCAGUGGGCGCGGCCCAACCAGCCCCAACGCGAGGUCGGCCUAGAGAAAGAAACGCUCGACAACCACUGGCACUGGGUCGCGCUGCGCUAUCGACCGAACCCGCCCUCACUUCUACUGGAAGUCGACAAGGACACACAGGUGAUAUCUAACGUAACCUGGAACCCUGAGCUGCUAUCUCCUGGCGCCCUAGAGUCAGGCGGCGCGGUGUUGGUCGUGGGCGGCGUGUUCAGCGGCUGCAUUCUCGAGGGUCCACAGCUCGAGUUUCACGCCGUCGGCUCACAGACCCUGAACGUUCAGUUUGGACACUGCCCUCUCACCACCGAUGACUGCAUUGACAGAAAGGACGUGCUUCGGAUCCCACCCAAAGACCACUGCUACAACGAGCCGUGCAUGCGACAUGGCACUUGUAUAUCGCGACACGACAGAUAUGAGUGCCUCUGCACGGCACGUUACCGAGGCAACAACUGCGAGGUGGACGCGGGUGACCCCUGCGCCUCAGCGCCGUGCCAGAACGGGGCACGGUGUGUCGAGGACGUGCGGGGCGACUACACGUGCGACUGUCCAAGGAAUUACCAUGGUACUUACUGCGAAUUAGAAGUGUCCCUGGACCCGCUGUGCGUGGCGGGGCCCUGCAUCAACAAUGGCAGCUGCACCGUACCGCCCGAUGCUGACACUUAUGUAUGCGACUGCCCCCCAGGCUACAUGGGCCGCAACUGCGAGACCGACGUGGACGAGUGCGCUUCAGCGGCCGGCGCCUGCCUCAACGGCGGGAAGUGCGUCGAUGCUGUCAACAACUUCACCUGCGACUGCUCCGGGACAGGAUACACUGGCGCUCGUUGUGAAAUAAACGUAAACGAGUGUGAAGAAGACAGAAAUAUUUGUGGUCAUGGGUACUGCUAUGAUACGUAUGGCAGCUUUGUCUGUGCCUGUCAACCUGGAUACACCGGCGAGAGGUGUCACAAUAUGUCGGCGUGCGCGUCGGGCCCGUGCGGCGCGGGCGGCGCGUGCGUGGAGGAGGCGGGCGGCGCGGGAUUCCGCUGCGUGUGCGCGCGCGGCUGGGCCCCGCCCCUCUGCACCGCGCCCCUGCCGCCCCCGCCGCCGCCCUCCAGCCCCGCGCCCGCGCACCCCUCCUGCCUCGACAUCGUGUGUCCGCCGCGCUCGCACUGCCUACCUAAUCAAAUGGUAGUGACUGGUGUGAUUGCUAAGCAAGUGACGUGCGUCUGCGACGUGGGCUACUACGGUGCACCGGGUCCCUCACCGAACUGUACGACGUUAGAAUCAGCGUGCGAGGUGGGCGUGUGCCAGAACGGAGCCACGUGCACGCUCGCGCCCGACCACUUCAACUGCACCUGCGCGCCCGGGUACAAAGGCGCGUACUGCGAGCUGUCGGCCGGCAAGGCGCUGUCCGACCUGAAGGCGGCCGAGCGCUGCGCCGCCGGGCCCUGCCUGCACGCCAAGACCUGCCAGGACCUCGCCGUGGGAUUCCGAUGUGAAUGCGAACCGGGGUGGGGCGGGCCGCGCUGCGAUACGGCGCUGCCGCCGGGCGCCGGGCCCGAGCCCUGCGCGCGCUGCGCCAACGGCGGUAUGUGCCGCGACUCGGGCGAGUGCGAGUGCCGCGGCGGCUGGGCCGGGCCCACCUGCGAGCUGGCGGCCGACUGCCGCGCGGCCGUGGCGGCCUGUCCCCCGCACCACGAGUGUGUGGAGCUCACCGGCGCCUGGCGCUGCGCUCCCGCCGCGCCCGACUCGGCCUGCGCCUCCUCGCCCUGCCACAACGGCACGUGCCUCGCACUGGAGAACGGCCUGUUCCGCUGCCAGUGCCCACCCGGCAGCAAUGGUGAGUGA